GUAAGAGCACGACGCUUAGCUUCUAUGUAAAUAUUUUUACUACCACCUGACUUUCACUCUUUCCAAAGCUUUAUCUUUUCCUUUAUACACUGAUUCUCCUUCUAACAAAUUAUUAGAUUUUUAAGAUUCUAAACAAAUUUCUUUGUUAUGAAUACAGUAAGUAAAAUGAAAAGAGCUAUACAGUUAACCAAUGUUCGGAGAUGCUCCUUUUCAGCAUAUAUUGGCAGACCAAGUAGUGCCAAAAGUCAUUCAUUGGCAGCACAAUACGAGGAACAAAAUUUUAUAAAUGGAAUGAGAUGUAUUCCUGAGAACUAUGAAACUUGUAAAGUAGAGGACAAUAUCAAUCCAGCAACUGGACAGGUGAUAGGACAGUUUUAUAAUUCUGAUGAACAGGAAGUUGAAAAAGCAAUAAAAAACGCCAAAGAUGCUUUUGAAUCUUGGUCACAAAGUACUGCUUCUGAUCGUAGUCAAUUUUUGAGGAGAGCUGGUAGAAUAAUCAGUCAACGUGUUCAUGAAAUUGCAAAACUUGAAACUCUUGAUUCAGGUAAAACUAUCGCAGAAUCUACUUUUGAUGUUGAAGCAGUUGUUGAAGCAUGCAAUUUCUUUUCAUCGCAAUGUUACAAUUUACUUGGUCAACAGAUACCUGUUCAUAAUGGUGUACAUGCUUACACAAGAAGAGAACCUUUAGGUGUUUGUGCAGGUAUUGGAGCUUGGAACUUCCCGAUUAAUAAUAUUGCCUGGAAAGCUCUACCAGCUUUGGCUUGUGGAAACACUUUUGUGUACAAGCCAUCACCUCUAGCUCCACUGACUAGUACCGUUUUUGCAGAAAUUCUCAGUGAAGGAGGCCUACCCCCAGGCUGCUUAAAUGUUAUCCAAGGUGGAGCAGAAGUGGGCGAGACAUUUUGUUCUCACAAAGAUAUUGCAAAAGUUUCCUUUACUGGUAGUAUUGAGACAGGAUCAAAGGUUAUGGCUGCUUGUGCACCACACAUUAAGCCAGUUACACUUGAACUGGGUGGAAAAUCACCUUUAAUUAUAUUUGAGGAUGCAGAUAUUGAGAAUGCAGUAGAAGGAGCAUUAAUGGCAAAUUAUAUUACACAAGGAGAAGUGUGUUCAAAUGGAGCCCGUGUUUUUGUUCACGAGUCUAUAUUUGAUGAAUUUGUUGAAAAAGUGGUGGCUGCUACAGCUAAACUUCGUAUUGGAGACACUAUGGAUGGGAGAGCACAUAUCGGUGCUCUAAUAAGCAAAGACCACUUAAAUAAAGUGACUGGCUUUAUUGAAAGGGCUGUUGAUGAGGGUGCUCGGAUCUUAUAUGGUGGUGCUCCUCCAGAUUUUGGCAAGAGUCCUAAUGCUGGGGGUUACUACUUGACACCCUGUAUCAUGGAUAACUGCAAUGACUCAAUGGAAAUUAUCCGUGAAGAACAUUUUGGUCCAAUUAUGUGUGUUCUGAAAUUUUCAACUGAAGAAGAAGUCCUUCAAAGGGCAAAUGAUACACCUUCUGGAUUGGCAGGAGGCGUCUUUACUCGUGACAUUAGCCGUGCUCAUCGUAUGAUUGCGAAGCUCAAGGCUGGUUCAUGUUGCAUAAACACUUACAAUAUGUUCCCGAUCCUUAUGCCCUUUGGUGGCUUUAAAAAGUCAGGUAUUGGAAGAGAAAAUGGAACAGCUGUGCUUGACCAUUAUUCACAGAUAAAGUCUGUAUAUGUAGAACUAAAUGAUGUGGAGACUAUUUUUACUUAGUCUGUGUUACAAAAAUCCUGUCGUGUUAUCCCUUAUCAAUAAAUUAAUAUAAAUGGAAUCAUUUCAGCAAGUUGGGUUAUAAUAAUUUAUCUGCUGCUUGGAUUUUAUUCCUUCUAUCACUAUUCUUACUGAACUUUUAUUAUAUAUAUGUAUUUUUUUUCUUCACAAUUUCUCAGGUUGCAAAUAUAUUUUGUCUCACCUAA